GUGAGAGUUGGUUGCGGAUAGGGUGGUUGAGGGGGCAGUUGCAAGGAUACUAAAUGAGGAUUAGCGCCGACACGUGCAACCGUGCAUCGCGGAGUUCAGCUGCAAAACUUUCUGUCGUUACCUCUAGCAUCCUUCUACCUCCAUCCGCAACGCGACAACUGCAUUUCAACGAGUGUCAUCGCAUCGAUAUCAAUGUUUGUAUCGAUUGUAUUCUGACAGAAUGAGAGUACAGUUAGUAGACAAGUCUGCUGUUCAUCGCAGUCUGAUUCGCAUACGUGGAGGAGGUAAAUUUGAGUUAUGCUGUCCAGUUCCUCAAACGCGACCGCUCCAAUCAAACUCUCCCCCCUUCACUGAUGAACGCACGGCGACCUCAUCUCGAUCGCAGCUGUACCACGUACAUGCAGAUUCAGGAACCAAUUUGUCACGCUUGGUCGAACAGUCCUACCUUCGAUAUAAGCCCUCUAAGAAUGUUCCGAGAACGACACCGUGAACGUUUAAUUGACCUAGCUGCCUUAUCUUGAAUGGCUACUUGGGUCUCA